CUGGUUUCUCUUCAGCAUCUCGGAGGGGAGCGCACAGUCGGGCAGACGGGAGAUCAGCGGCGGGGAGGAAACACACUUCAGGAAUCCGCGACGCGCAAUUAUGCUUUUGUGAAUUUGACGGAGGAUUACAUCAACACCAGCACAAAGAGAAAACAAAUGUCAGCUAGUCCAAGCACUGCACAGAAGGAACCAAAUUCCCACACAAGCAUGGCAGACCAGAAAGACAACAUAGAUGACUUUAAAGUUCAGACAGCCAAGCACCCUAACUUGGGCUCGGCCCCUUUACGGCCACACAGUGAACAGUCUAAAGACCGGAUGUCCAAAAGGCUUUCUACUGACUCUAAUGGGACCAGUGACGGAGGGGUGGGCUCGUCCACACCGGUGGAGGUGACCGCUUUAGAGGAGUCGUUUCGCCGCUUCGCCAUCCACGGUGAUACUCGCGCUACAGGCAAGGACUUGCACGGCAAGAACUGGUCCAAGCUCUGCAAGGACUGUGGCGUGAUCGACGGUAAAAACAUCACCCUCACUGAUGUGGACAUCGUCUUCAGCAAAGUCAAGAAGAAAUCCUGUCGCACCAUCACAUACGACGAGUUCAGGGCUGCACUUGCUGAGCUGGCAAGAAAGAAAUACAAAGAAAAGACUGGAGAGGAGGCCGAGGCCGAGGUCUUCAAGCUGAUUGAGGGAAAGACGCCCGUCAUUGCAGGAGUCACGAGGGCCGUGGCUUCCCCGACGGUGAGCCGUCUGACGGACCCAACCAAGUUCACAGGGUCACACAAGGAGCGUUUUGACGACACUGGCCGCGGGAAGGGUAAGGCUGGACGAGUGGACGUGGUUGACACUUCUGGAUACGUCUCGGGGUAUAAACAUCGAGGAACGUACGAAAAGAAAUUGAAUAAACUCGCUUAGGGCAAACCCAUGUGAGGGCGGGUAAGGAAAUAAACAUUUGGACAACUACUAGGAUAAUUUUCUAUUAAAAGAGUACUCAAGGAAAGCACAAAAGAAUAGGAUUUCAUAUUAUAUAGGAUUUCCCCAGCCAUCUAUUUUGUGUGUGCGUGUGUCUGUGUGCGUGUAGAAGAGUCGUUUUUGAGUUCCUCUCUUUGAGAAGUGUGAGAACUGGAAAACUGUUUACAUCUAUUUUUACAAUGUCAUCACCAGCUGGUACAUUCCUGUCUGAUCGCAAGUUACUGCCAAACACUGAAGAGAACAAACGAGAGAAACUUACGCUAUGAAUAUUAAAGAUUUGUUUCAUGAUAGGGCCUUAUAAUAUUUAUUGAGCACAGUGAACAACAAGCCAAGAAAAACAAAAGAAAAGUGGGACAACAGUUGAACGAAUUAACAUUGCACUUUUUAAUGGAGAUUUUUCUAUUCCCCUAUUUAGCUAAAGAAAUGCAUUUUGUAUUUGUUGUGCAUCGUUUCAAUGGGAAUUGGCACACUUUUGACAGAGAUAUUAUCAAUGUUGAAUUAUUUUGAAAACUUAAAUUGUUCCAUCUGUGUUAAUUGUCAGUCUGCCAUCCCCACUUGUCAACUGUUAUUAAGUCUUAAAAAUAACCUGCUGUUCAUUUUUUUUUUUUUAGAAGCUCACACUGUUAUUUGUAUUAUUUGCCUUCAGCUCAAACCAAGAAAAUAUCUUAAGAAUUUUGAAAACUAGUUUUUUUGCUUAGAUAAAAAGUAGUUAACUGUUAGACUGAAACAUUUUGGACUUUUGCCAUAUCCUCUUACUUUUGUGACUAUGUUAAACAUAUAAACUCCUUCCAUGCAAACCUUUUUAAAUAUGCCUGAUUAUAACACUUCAAUAAAAAAAUCUAAAGUAAUCUAAGAUAAUAUAUUUCCUCUUUCGCCAACAUGCAUUUUGAAUUUGAAAUUAGUGAAUUCAGUUUAAGAAGCUCUUACCACAUUAGAUGAGCUCAGUUGUACAAGAUUGUAUUUUUAACAUUUUACUUAUAUUUCCUCAUUAGAUUUCUAUACAUUAGUUCUAAUAUAUUUGUGGUAAGAUUGUGUAUUCUAAAAGUUUUAGCCACAUGGCUUAAUUUAUGACACAACUACAUAUGUUGUUGUUUUCUGUAUUGCUGUACUUUGUGCAUGUUUAUGUAUAUUGCAUUUGAUUCAGAAGCAUAUAGACGAGCAGGAGUUUGUCAUAUCUUAUUGCUGUGAGGACAGACUACUGGACAGACUUCAAUAUUUUACUGCUAAAAAAUACUAAGUGAUGUGAAAUUGUGGGAUUAUGAUAAAAUAUUGUAUUGCUUUGAAAUCAAUAUGUAUCAACUUGUACAUACAAAGUCAGCUACACUCCAACGUUAAUAUAUUUGUCUGUUGGUAAAGAUUAGGAGUACCCAUUAUGUGCGGUACUGUCAUCCAAGGCACAAAAUCAACUGAAAACAAAAGUAGGGUUCUACUGUUGUAUCCUUAUGUGAUAUAUGAGAUGAAAGGGAAAUAGCAAACAGGUGACAUACUUUUGUAGAAUAUUUUUCCAACAUAGUGACAGUGUUUUGGUCACACACUACCUGUAGCCUCAGCUAAUGAAGAAUCAUGCAUUAAAACUAGCAGCUAUUACUGUGUUAGUUGUGUCUGCUGCAGUAGCUUGACCUGUUUUCUGUGCUUUAUGCCAAAUACUGUGCACCUUUAAUGUCUUUUGUAUUUUGCAAAUAACUUUUAAUGUACUAUUGUGCCCUGGUGCAUGCAGUGUGUUCUUGUUCUUUAGACCUCUUAAUGUGUGUUCAUGAUUUGUAGUGCAUUACUUAAAAUAAAAACCAACCCCAGAACCUCUGCUAAGCAUGUUUCAGGGUGUCAGUCAAAA